AUGGCUACUUUAAUUAAAUUCGUUGAUGCAUAUAAUUUGAAAUUGUAUUUGGCAUCACCAGUUCCUACAUCUAACAGCACAAAUGUAACUAAAAUAAUACCCACUACAACUGUGAAUCCCGUAAUAGUGAAGACAAUUGAAAACGCCAAUGAUUCUGUGAAUGAAAUAGAUGACAUACCUGAUGAAGGUUGGGAAUAUGAAAAUACAACUGCUGUGGACACGCGUAGAAUCCUGUACAGCAAACGGGUUCCAAUCGGAAAAAGACCUUAUAUGAUAUAUUUACAACUGACUAAAGAAUCAGCAAAAGCACACAAGUACAAAGGCUGGCUGUGCGGCGGUGUCAUCCUAUCAAACUACUAUGUACUCACCUCCGCUGCUUGUGUGGAGGACGCGGAUCAUUUCUACAUCGUGUCUGGUACUACAAAGUUCGUCGAUAGUUUCGAUUAUAAAUCUGACAACUGCGUUUGUAAACAUCGUCGUAAAGUUGUAUGGAAGUGCAUACCGAAAAAUUAUAAAUUCGAUUUCCAAGACAGCAUCAAAUGGUCAUCAAAUGACAUCGCUAUAGUGAAAGUCAACAAGCCGUUCAAAUUCGGUGUAGUGGAGACAGGCUGCGAGUUCGCCACCGACCUGGUCUGCUACAACAACGUCAGCAGGGAACUGGAGAAGGCCGGCACUAAGGGAUACAUCUCUGGCUGGGGCAGUGGCAAUACUUUUAGAGAGGGUGUAUACCGACGUCAAUCAGUGCACAUACCAGAGAACGCGAAGUACUUACAAGAGGCAAAAGUGUGUGUAAUGGACAACGAGCAGUGCGCCAAGAAGUGGGCGCAGAAGUUCCGCGCCAUCAUCAACCAGUACAUGGUCUGCACUAAGGAUGUGAUGAAACGAAUCAGCGCGAUAUGCGAUAAAAAAUAUGCAAACUGCACAGAUAUGGAGAACAGACGAAAUGUUGAUGAAGUGGUGCCCAGUGAAGACCUCGCCGUCGACCUCGGCAGACAUCUGCGUGACCCCGACGAUUACACUGCUCGGAGGUCCAGCUUGGGAGGAUUCUGUGAGAACGACCACGGAGGUCCAUUCACAGUGAAGUACAAGGGCAAGGAGCGCGUCAUCGGCGUGAUAUCUGCCUGCAAGAUAGACCCCAAGUCGCACAGCUGCCACGGACCCUUCCUCUACACCUCCGUCUACAAGAACAGACAGUUUAUAUCUUGCGCCAUCACUAAGGAUAUUGAAGAAAGUUGUCGUCGCGUUUUCCGCUCGGGCAUUACUCACGAAGAAUGGUCGGUCAAUUGGGAUAAUGUGGAGGAGGAUGACAACAGAGACGAAAGCGGAGAGGAUGAAACAGAUGAAAGUAAACCGAAGGUUGUAAAUCGUAAAGACAAAAAAAUAAGCUCCGAUGAAUCAAGUGAUAGUGAUGGCAGUAAAGAAACGAAACCCAAGAAUAUACGAGAAAGAAGCAAGAAGGAUGAGAAAGUACCGGAGCAGAAGAAAGAAAAAAAGAAUAAGCAUGCUAACAAACGUCCGAAAAAGAUUAAGGAAGAAAGGAGAAAAUCUAAAAAUAUCAAAUCUAGUGACAGACAGAAUAGGGACGAUACGUUCUAUGAGUCCAGUCGCGAUGAAAAUGUUAACGAUCCUGGAGAUCUUUAA